AUGUCCUCCAAGAGUUGGGUAGACCAGAAGACAUCAUUCCUCAAACAAUUCGGCCAAAAAGUAGCCAACGACAAGAAAAAACGAGAGGAGCUCAAAGCAAAGCGCCUAGCGCGUGCAAGGGAAAUGCAGCCUGCGACAGAGCAUACCCCCGACGUUCCGAUGGGAGAGGCGAGUAACUGUGGUGAUGAUGAAUGCCUUGACCAGAACAUCGAGCCUGAGGUGUUCGCGCCCAUCCCCCAGCCGGCAGCCUCUGGCCCAACACCUGUGGGACCUUUGGGAAGGGAGUUUGUGGACGAGGUGCUGGGUGGGGACCUUGAUGAGGACAUGGGGCCAAGCUGCUCCGAUCACGUCGGAAGGGAACUGCUUGUGUCAGGCAGACUGAAGCUGCAUUACGAGAUCACAGAGCAGGUGCCUCCCCAGGGGGUAAUGUCAUGGCUGUUUGAUGUGGUCGUGCACUCGACUGUGGAUGUGGACAUCUGUGCUGCAUACUUCAUGCUGAAGGAGACGUGGAUGCCAGGCUGUUGGGCCCCCAGCCUUGGUUUGUUGCUGCAGUCCCUUAAGUACCUGGGGCCCAAGGGCUUGCGAAAUGCGCGCUUGGUGCUGGAGCUCAUAGGCAUCUUCUACAGGGUGCCUCACAGUGACUGCAGCGAUUGGGAUGUGGUGACAACUGCAGAAUUGCUGACAGCGAUUUUCAGGCUGCUUCUUCACCCUGUGGCUGGGAGCUUGGAAAAGGAGAUAUGCGUUGCAGCAGGUGCCCUGGUUGGGAACAGAGGCAAGUCACCAGAUGCUGCGUCGCAAGCCAGUUUGGGCUCCAAGGUGGUGGCAAGUCUGCUGCCGCUGGGGACCCACAGGUCGCAGCUGAAGCUUCUGGAGUUUGUGGACAGGGAGGGGCUGGGGCUGGGGCCGCCUCUGUUACUGAGGUGUCAGUACUCCACCCUGCUCCUUUUCAAGCUCAUGAAGGAAGGAGGCAAGGAGGAUAACAAUGAUCCAGCACACAUUGAAACGGGGCUGGUGGAAUCUGUAUCACCUCUGUUUUCAGCAGAGGCCAUCAUUGCAGCAUGCCGGGGCCAAGACCACCAAAUGAACUGGUGGAAGAUGGAUACCAUUGUCCGCUCCAUGGAGUUGCUACUGCAUGAGGAUGUGGAGGGCAUCCAGGAGCUGGCCAAGACAUUUCAGUCUGAAGUGGUCAGCAAAUUGAUCGUCUUCGUUUUGAGACAGCCUCGGCGCUGCGACAAUGUAGGACUAGCACAAGUGAGCCUGCGGGUGCAGGGGAUGGAUGGAAUGUGA